AAAUCCCUCCGAUCUCUCACACACAGCCCAACACGUGAUUGCUUUGCUUUCAUGUCACAAGAUUUGUAAUUCGAAGACAAUCGAAAAGCUUUGUCAGCGCGCUUUCAUACAAAUUCAAAUAAAUUUCUUUCUACUUAUACAACUCCGCCAGCAACCAGUUAGGCGCCCUACUUCAUCUUAACAUUAACCCUAACCCUAACAAGUAAUAGCAAUCGAUUCAUCCUUUCUCUGAUUUUAGCUCCUCUUUAGAUAGGUAGCUUGAGUUAUUUUCUUUUUGCUGACGUUGAAUCACCAUUUCGCGAUAGUUUUGGCUUUGUGUACAGUGAUGGAUGUUGGUGGAGCGAGAUUUAAAUUCAAGAAGAUGAAGUACGAAGAAUUUGAAGAAGAAUGGGCAAAACCCUGCGAUUUUAGAUCGCGGUUUUACUUGGAAGGUGAAUCGGGGAAGAACACUCAUUCAAAACAUGAACUCAAUGCCAAAUCCAACAAUUUACCCCUUGAUGAUGCUCCAUCAUGUAUUGAAUCCAUGAAAAGUUGUGAGAAACCAAGAAAAAUAAGUCUCGAUCUUAACUCAGAAGAUGUUUCAAGUUCUGAGUGUGGAAGCACUUGUGGCUUUAUGGGAGAGAAAGAGUCGAUGAGAAUAUGGAAACAAAUGAAACAAAAUGGUUUUCUUUCAUCCUCUAAUGGCGGUGUAUUGGUGCCACAAAUGCCAAAGCCCCGUGGGAAGAAAAGGGGAAGCAUAUCAGUGAUCAGUAAAAAGAUAGAGAUCGCUAAAAAAGAACAAGUCGAUAAAUUUGCAAAAGUUGCUGCUCCUAGUGGACUUUUAAACGAAUUGAAUCCUGGGAUUAUAAACCAUGUAAGAAACAGAAGACAGGUUCAUUCGAUAAUAGAGAAUCUUGUAAGAUCUUCAAGAAACAAGAACAAAAUUAGUAAGGACGUUGAAGAUGAUGUUCUUGCACUGAAGCUUUCAUCUGAUUCAACCAUGGCAUCAGAGAAUAUAAGCUCUUUGUCGAAUGAGGAGUCAGGGAAUAUCUCUACUGUUGAUUCACUUUCUAUUAAAGCUGCAAGUGUAGCCUGUCAAUGGUUGGAACUUGUUCAUCAGGACAUUAAAGGGCGUCUUGCAGCAUUAAGGCGAAGCAAGAAAAGAGUUCAAUCUGUGAUUCAAACAGAGCUACCUUUCUUAAUAUCAAUGGAGUUAUAUUCACCUGUUGGCAUUGAGAUGCAUAGAUUCAGAUGGACUGCUCUUUUUGAUCAGAUGGAUAAAUCACUUUCUGAAGAAGAAGAACAUCUUGAGAAAUCAUUGGACCAAGUGAGGGAAAUGUUAACGCAUUGUGAACAUGGUCUCCUCCCUUUUCCUUCAGAGAAGGGUUUGCAAAAUAACUAUAUAUUUCAGAAAGUAGAUAGGGAUUUAGCCGUUAGGGCUGCUGCUGCUGCUAUCUAUUCGACAUCCAAUUUUCUACAACCUGCACAAAACCUACCAGGUUUCAUGUUGUUGUAUUUAUUUCGAAGAUAG